GCCUAGUGGCAAACUUGUCAUCCGCAUCUCUCUGUGCACGCACGUCUGCCGUUUGUAUGUGUGGGAGUCUGAAGAUGGUGAGAAAACGUUCACGUUGAUAUCGAAAGACAGUUUUUUCUUAGAAGGAGAGGAAGGAGGAUAUAUGCCACAUAUACACCGCUAACUGCGAAUACACUGAACAUUUAGCUCCAACAUUUCUCUCUGGCUGUUUCGACACUGCGUUUGGACCCGUUUUGAACAUCGAUAUGUGGGAACAGGAGGAAUUUGCAAAACACUGGAGGAAUGAAUUUCCCGACGGAAAAGUACCCAAAAUGGAUUUGAAGUCUGUAGAAGACAUCGAGUCGGAGCUGGAGACGAGUAAAGGCAACUUGAAGAGGCUCCAGAAGGCUCUGGCGGAGGAGAAAUUCAAGGUGAUCUACCUGCAGACCACCAUGGCUCGGCAGAAGAGAAACGAGCCGGAAAGGUUUGACGGCAAAGAUGGAAACUUAAACGCCGAAACAUUUGCCUUUUCUAAGACUGGGAAUAUUAGGAAACCGCAGCUGCGGGAUGAUGAGGGCGACGGGCAGAGGACCAAGGUGUCCGACUCAGGAGGCGUGAAGCACCACGCAGCAGGUAACAUAGCGGGGGUCAUGAGCUCCUUCGGGCGGGACCGGAGCAGGUUCAGCGGCAAGACAGGUAAGCCCGUUCCUAUCCCUGUCCCGCCACGCAAGCCCAACUUUCAGAGACGGGACACGGCCCCACCUGGCGUCGCUCAACCGAAUGAUAACGAGGUGGUCAGCGACCGAGAAUACGAGGAUACGGAGCUGAAUGAAAAUUUCGUCAGGAGUAAUUUGUUGGCACCAAAGAUAGUCGUCAUGGACAACCAGAGGACGUCCAGCGCAUUCCGGGACACCCGGAGGCCUUUCCGCCAUAGCAGGGACUUUGACUCCGGCGACGACGGCAGGCUGUCCCCGUCCUUCACGCACAUUCAAUGCAGAACGUCCCGCGGCUCCGGAUGCAGCACCCCUGACAGGAGGAGUGACGGGUACCUGAGCUCCGAUCACGACGACAACUCUUCUGCAGACUUUAACUACAACACAGAUGGCUACGAGGGAGACGGAGCGGAGGACGGCAAGUCUCAGGAUGGCUCGGAGACGCUGCCCUUUAUAGAUGAAUCUCCCACCAUGUCGCCCCAGCUGUGCGCGCCCCUAGGGCCUGACGGAGAAGCGGUCUCCCCCACACCACCAGAGGGCCUGCUGGCAGGGGGAGACAUAGAGAAAGGACUGGAGAUGAAGAAACUGGUGCUGUCUGGUUUCCUGGCCAGCGAGGAGAUUUACAUUAACCAGCUGGAGGCCCUGCUACUGCCCAUGCGUCCUCUGAAAGCCACAGCCACAACCUCGCAGCCUGUCCUGACCAUCCAGCAGGUAGAGACCAUCUUCUACAAAAUCCAGGACAUCUUUGAGAUCCACAAGGAGUUCUACGACGCCCUCCUCCCCAACAUCCAGCAGUGGGACGAGAAGGUCACCGUGGGACAUUUGUUCCAGAAGCUGGCCAGCCAGUUGGGAGUGUACAAGGCCUUUGUGGACAACUACAAGGUGGCGCUAGAGACUGCAGAGAAAUGCAGCCAGGCCAACGGCCAGUUCCAGAAGAUAUCUGAGAACCUCAAAGUAAAAGGUCCUAAAGACUCCAAAGAUUGUACCACAUCUGUAUCAAUGGAGGCUCUCCUUUACAAGCCGAUUGACCGUGUCACCAGGAGCACCCUGGUCCUUCAUGACUUGCUGAAACACACUCCUAAGGACCACCCGGACUUCCCCCUGCUGCAGGACGCUCUGCGGAUAUCUCAGAACUUCCUCUCCUCCAUCAACGAGGAGAUCGACCCUCGCAGGACCGCUGUCACCACUCCCAAGGGAGAGGCUCGUCAGCUGGUGAAGGAUGGCUUCCUGGUGGAAGUGUCGGAAAGCUCCAGGAAGCUUCGGCACGUCUUCCUCUUCACCGAUCUGCUGCUCUGUGCCAAGAUGAAGAAGACGUCUGUGGGUCGCCAUCAGCAGUAUGAGUGCAAGUGGUACAUCCCUCUGGCGGACUUAACGUUCCAGACCCUGGACGACACCGACUCCUCGCCCAGUAUCCAAGUCCUGCCUGAGUACGAGAUUGAGGAGAUGAAGAUCAAGAUCUCAGUCUUAAAGAGUGAGAUACAGAAAGAGAAGAAAGCACCGAAGGGUCAGAGUCGCGUCGAGCGUCUGAGGAAGAAGAUGAAUGAGCAGGAGUCGUGGCUGCUCCUGCACUCUCCCACCAUCCCCUUCCGCAUCCACAACAAACAUGGAAAGAGCUACCAUUUCCUCCUCUCCUCCGAUUACGAGAGGUCAGAGUGGAGGGAAAGCAUCCAGAAACUCCAGAAGAAAGACCUCCAGACGUGUUUAUUAAGUUCUGUCGAGCUCCAGGUCCUGACCAGCUCCUGUUUCAAACUCCGAACUGUCCACAACAUUCCUGUCACGAGUAACAAAGACGAUGAGGAGACUCCAGGUCUGUACGGCUUUCUGCACGUGAUCGUCCACUCUGCCAAAGGAUUCAAGGAGUCAGCCAAUCUAUACUGCACCCUUGAAGUGGACUCGUAUGGAUACUUUGUCAGCAAGGCCAAGACCCGUGUCUUCAGAGACACCACAGAGCCACAUUGGAACGAAGAGUUUGAGAUCGAGUUGGAGGGCUCCCUGUACCUGCGGAUCCUGUGCUAUGAGAACUGUUACGACAAAAGCAUGCUCAACAAGGACGACAACGAAAUUGUUGACAAGAUCAUGGGAAAAGGGCAAGUCCAGCUGGAUCCUCAGACUGUGCAGUCCAAGAACUGGCACAUGGACGUCAUAGAGAUGAACGGGAUCAAAGUGGAAUUCUCCAUGAAGUUUACAAGUCGAGACCUCAGCUUGAAGAGAACGCCGUCCAAAAAACAGAGCGGGGUGUUUGGAGUCAAAAUCAACGUGGUGACAAAGCGCGAGCGCUCCAAGGUGCCUUACAUUGUCCGUCAGUGCAUUGAGGAAGUGGAGAAGAGGGGGAUCGACGAAGUGGGAAUCUACAGGAUCUCUGGGGUGGCCACUGAUAUCCAGGCCCUUAAAAUAACAUUUGAUACCAAUACCAAAGAUAUCCUGGUGAUGCUGAGCGACAUGGACAUCAACGCCAUCGCAGGAACACUGAAGCUGUACUUCAGGGAGCUGCCGGAGCCUCUGCUCACCGACCGCCUCUACCCCGCCUUCAUGGAGGGCAUAGCGCUCUCCGACCCGGCUGCCAAGGAGAACUGCAUGAUGCACCUCCUGCGCUCCCUGCCUGACCCCAACCUCAUGACCUUCCUCCCUCUGCUGGAGCACCUCAAACGGGUGGCUGAGAAGGAGCCCAUCAACAAGAUGUCCCUCCACAACCUGGCCACCGUGUUUGGCCCCACUCUGCUCAGGCCCUCAGAGUCAGAGAUCGCUAAGGGACAGCACAUCACCUCUGCCUCUGACAUCUGGUCACAUGACGUGAUGGCACAGGUCCAAGUGCUGCUCUAUUACCUGCAGCAUCCUCCCAUCUCCUUUGCCGAAUUAAAGCGCAACACGCUCUACUUUUCCACUGACGUUUAAUCCCCACCCACCUCCCUCAGCGCGCCUUAUGGAGAGGAGAGAGUGAGAGACUCCACACAAGUCCUGGUCCUCGCCGCUCGUCGUCAUGCCUCACCUCUCCUCCCAGCAGGCAGCUCAUCUUAACUGUACAGCCCCUCCCCCCCUCCCCCCCCCCCUACACACACACACACACACACACACACACCCCUCCUGUGUGCACCCCCCAAACCAAACACUUCACCCCCCAGUCCUGAAAAGAGAUGGAGCCGAGCACGUAGGGAGGCGGUGACGGAGAUUUCCUGGUCGUCUAGUAGUCACAUGUCAUGUCCUGUUUGUUAUGUGAGGAGAGCAGAGCCGCCCCGCGCCUUUCACCGACGAGACGACAAGGCAUUCUGGGAGCACAGCGGGAAAGAUGGAGGAGGGGGGUUCGGAGGGCACAGCCUGGCGCCGUGGCACAGGAUCACCUCUGUGUGCGUCGUGGUGUCACCUAGUGAGCACUUUCCCAGGCGCUGGUUUGAUGAUCUCAGUCGCCUCCAGCUUCUUUUUCCUGAUCAGAGGCAUGCCAGAAAAAUUACAUUUACAUGUUUAAUAAUUAUGUUUUGAUUCCUUUUUCUGUCUUUCUGGCUUUGUGCAUGUGGUGGAGGAGGAGGCUGGCGUGUGUGAGUGGCAAUGUGGAUGCACUUGAGUGAGUAAGUGUGUGUUUAAAGGGACUAUGAGAACUUGUGAGGUUUAGAAGUGGCUGGGAAGCCGUCCUAAUGAAUGGCUGGUGAUGUGUCUCUCUGUACUGACAAGACAAGAGAGAACUGCCCUCCCCAGUGAGUCUUGGCCAAAUUAGCCCUAUUUAUUUUAAAUAUAUAUAAUAUGUGUGCCUGUACAGUUCUGUGCGACUAGAGAAAAGCUCUAAGGAGUCUGUUUUUGAAGUUUAUUCAGGUAGUGAUGUUAUUUUUAGUCUGAUUUUCUCAUUCACCAUGUCCAUGGUUGGUAAGCUGUACUGAAGAGAUCGACAGAAAGUCUGCCAAUUAAUUUCAGAUCACUUUGUAGAGGAGAAAGGGCACUCUGUGACAUGAGGGUCGUUGUGGGAAAAAACACAACGAAUGGAACAUUUAGCUUUUUUUUCUUGUUGUUUCAUUGCAAGCCUGUUCCAAGUGUCUUACUGCACCGGUAUAAUCUAUAGAGUUGAUUUGUGUGGUUGCUCUCAUUGCAUGUUCAGCUUGUCAAUCAAACCAGGCCAGGUAACACAAAGGUAGGUUGUCUCUGCAAGGCCCUCGCCCUCUGCUCUGUACAAAGCCGACCUUUCUGCUAUCAAGCCUGCGACAUAUCUUAAAAUACUGUAAGCACUGCUAGAGGAGUACUAUUUGAUAUUUUUAAUAUAAGAUUAAAAUGAAAAUAAAAAAAGUUGUAUUUUA